AUGGAGCAGUUCAAUUUUGGCUGGCCCGAGUCACUUGACUGCGGCAAGCUGCCCACCAAGAACGACCCCAAUGCCCUUUGCAUGGAGGCCCCCGAGAAUGCCUCGGCUGCUGAGCCUCACAAGGGCCAGGGCAUGCUGCCUGUGGCACCCCGGCCAUGGCCGCCAGGCACUGCGGAGGGACGGGGGCCCCCACGGCCCGGGGGCUGUGACCACCCCGACAAGGACUUCGCCUUCAUCUGGAUGGCCAUCUGGUCCACCCUCUGCUUUGUCUCCACCGCCUUUACCGUCCUCACCUUCCUGCUCGACCCCCACCGUUUCCAGUACCCUGAGAGGCCCAUCAUCUUCCUCUCCAUGUGCUACAACGUCUACUCCGUGGCCUUCAUCAUCCGCUCAGUGGCAGGGGCCGAGAACAUCGCCUGCGACCGUGAGAACGGUGAGCUCUACAUCAUCCAGGAGGGGCUGGAGAGCACGGGCUGCACCAUCGUCUUCCUCAUCCUCUACUACUUUGGUAUGGCCAGCUCGCUCUGGUGGGUCAUCCUCACCCUCACCUGGUUCCUGGCUGCUGGGAAGAAGUGGGGACACGAGGCCAUAGAGGCCCACAGACGCUACUUCCACCCCCCACCACCUCCUUCCGUGCCGGCGGGGGCCCUCCCAGCCAUGAAGACCAUCAUCAUCCUCACCAUGCGGAAGGUGGCAGGGGACGAGCUCACGGGGCUGUGCUAUGUUGGGAGCAUGGACGUCAGUGCCCUGACUGGCUUUGUCCUCAUCCCCCUCUCCUGCUACCUGGUCAUCGGCACCUCCUUCAUCCUCACAGGCUUCGUCGCCCUCUUCCACAUCAGGAAGAUCAUGAAGACGGGCGGCACCAACACGGAGAAGCUGGAGAAGUUGAUGGUGAAGAUUGGGGUCUUCUCCAUUCUGUACACUGUCCCGGCCACCUGCGUCAUCGUCUGCUACUUCUAUGAACGGCUGAACAUGGAUUACUGGAACCUCAGGGCCCUGGAGCGCGGGUGCCUGCACCUCCCUGGCCGCCGCGCCGCCACCUGCUCCUUGGAGGCCUCA